AAACCUAGUAGUUUCUAGUAAUAUGGAUCAUGAAUCAGGUUCAGUUGUCUCACUAUAUGCACGCAAUGUUACAUAUUUCGUGACUGUUUUUAGAUGGUCUUUACUGUUAGGUUCUGCGUUUUACGCUUCAUAAAAUGUCGCUGACAAGUUUGUUACCUGCACCAACUCAGGUGGUGUGGGAUAGAGAAGAUGAAGCACGAGAACAAAAGCUGCGCCAGAGGCCUGUAUCAGCAUUGGUUAAGGCUGUUGUUACUGCCCCUCCAUAUGGGCAACGUAAAGGAUGGGUCCCACGAUGUGCUGAGGAUUUUGGAGAUGGAGGAGCUUUCCCAGAAAUCCAUGUAGCCCAAUAUCCGCUCAAUAUGGGAAUGAAGGGAAAAGAAUCCACGAGCAAUGCUUUAGCAGUUCAACUAGAUGCCCAUGGGAAAGUAAAAUAUGACAUGAUUGCUAGACAAGGACAUUCUAAAGAUAAGAUCGUCUAUAGCAAACUGAGCGAUUUGUUACCUUCGGAAAUAACGAACGAGGAGGAUCCCACUUUGCAACGUCCACCUACGGAGGAGAUCGACGAAUUAACAGAAAAGACUAGAAAAGCUUUAGAAAAAAUAACAAGAUCGAAAAUUGCAGCAGCCAUGCCAGUGAGAUGCGCGGAGAAACAAGCUCCGGCUCAAUACAUUCGGUACACACCUUCGCAACAAGGACAGUCAUUCAACUCGGGAGCCAAACAGAGGGUUAUUAGAAUGGUAGAAGCUCAGAUUGAUCCCUUGGAACCGCCGAAAUUUAAAAUUAAUAAAAAAAUACCAAGAGGUCCUCCGUCUCCUCCAGCGCCUGUUAUGCAUUCCCCUACAAGGAAAGUCACGGUAAAGGAGCAAAAAGAAUGGAAGAUACCUCCCUGUAUCAGUAACUGGAAGAACGCGAAGGGUUACACGAUUCCUCUGGACAAGCGUUUGGCUGCGGAUGGUCGCGGUUUGCAACAAGUUCACAUUAACGAGAACUUUGCCAAACUAGCCGAAGCUCUAUACAUAGCCGACAGAAAAGCUCGCGAGGCUGUAGAAAUGCGAGCACAGCUCGAAAAGAAAUUGGCUCAAAAAGAAAAAGAAAAGAAGGAAGACCAUUUGAGACAGCUUGCGCAGAAGGCCAGAGAAGAACGUGCUGGCUUGAAGUCCUCUGCCGCAUUGGAUAAAUCAGAGGAUUCGCGAGAAAGGGAUCAGCUGAGGCAAGAAAGACACAAGGAUCGUGCUCGAGAGCGCAAUUUGGCGCGUGCUGCACCGGAUAAACGCUCUAGAUUGCAACGAGAACGCGAGCGUGACAUUAGCGAACAGAUAGCGCUUGGUUUGCCAGCGAAAAGUAUCCCCAGCGCUGGGGAAGCACAAUUCGAUCAGCGCUUGUUUAACACAACCAAGGGAAUGGACAGUGGCUAUGGACACGAUGACGAAUACAACGUUUACGACAAACCAUGGAAAGAUUCGAAUUCCGUUGGUUCGCACAUAUACCGUCCUAGCAAAAAUAUCGACAAGGACACUUACGGAGAUGAUUUGGAGAAGCUUGUUAAAACAAACAGGUUCGUUCCGGACAAGGAAUUCAGCGGAACCGACAGAUCAGCUACGCGUUCGGGGCCAGUACAAUUUGAGAAAGACGAAGAGGAUCCUUUCGGUUUGGAUCAGUUCUUGAAACAAGCUAAACGUGCCAGCAGUUCGACCACCACUACCACAAAACGCAAAGAGGACCGUGAAACACGAAGGGACGAUCGUGAUAAGCGAAGGAAACAUUAAUUCGACUUUAAUUGUUCUUAUUUUAGAACAAAUCUUCAUUUUCAUCUUUUACUUUCAUUUCGAAACGCACGCGCAGAUAUUACCGUUUAAAUUAAGAAAAUUAACUGAUGAAGUUUAAGGGGUUAAUUGUUUCACGUCGUCUUAGCGACUCCAUUAUUACAAUUAUAUAUAUCAUAUAAAUGAAUUGAAAAGAUUCAAGUAUCUUGAAAUCUGUAAACCUUACUCUCUGUUUCUUCGACCUGUACUACGUAAGUACAAUUUUAUCUUUACAAGAAACUGAACGAAUGUAUACAGAAUUUAUCACUAAAUAAAUUAUUAUUUAGUCAAUUUGAAAAA